UUUUCAUUUCUCUAAUUGCAGGUCUUGAGAAAGAAAGACGAAACUAUAUUCUUUGAACGUUCCCUUCUCAUGACAAGUUUUGUCAACUGAUCUGUCCUGCCUGUGUUGCAGAGAGGUAGACGUAUUGAAAUGAAACAUCUUACAGCUCUUUCUUGCUAUAGCAGGUGCCUUAUCAUUACCUCCAUAUGUGUUGUCAGAAAUAAUCUCUUUUUGAGCUGAUAUCGAACUUUUUAGCACUAGAGAAUAAAUUGAUAAAUGAGAGGCGUUCAAUAACUGCUGCGUUUACAAAAACGCAAAGUUAAACAAGCAAGAUAAGAAGCCUGCAAGUGAACUGGUAUUAAAUACAUAACGUCCGCACUUUCAAACAUUUCCAAAAUGAUGGAUGAGAUGAAACCACCAAGCUACGAAAGCGUUGCAGCUGGAUAUGAUCCCUCAGCGCCUUCUAUUAACAAAGCUUUUGAACCUGAUGAAGGUUAUGAAGAGCCUCCGUCAGCACCAGUGAUGGAGACACCUCAGCGUCCUACACUUGUCACAGAUAUGGAUAGACUCAAUGAACCAGAGAUUAAAGAAGCCUGUAUGAAUUAUGUGGCAGAGAACUGUUGCUAUGGGUCAAAGGCUAUCAGAGAAAUGAUACUGACCGAGAUUACCAACGGUUGCACCUAUCAUUACAUAUUAGAGACAUUUGGCGAGAAAAGAGUGACAGCCUUCCGCUCUACACCUUAUACAGGCCAGUGGAUAGAUGGUCCAGAAAAUGGUGUGCCACCUAGACCCUGGGACGUAGUUGUCCGAGAACCUCAGAGUUUUGCGGAUAGCCAAAUGAAAUUGGAAGUCCCACAUACGGCCUCAGUGAAGCAGUGCAGCACCUGCGUAGGUAAUUGUCGUGUAAGAUGUGAAUCUUGUCACGGCAGAGGAGGGGAAACCUGUUGGAGUUGCACUUUCGGGAAUGAUAACGGACGGCGAUGCACAAGUUGCUCUGGCACAGGUCGUAGAGUAUGCUGGUCUUGUAAUGGCACCGGGCAGGUGAGAUGCCGCACUUGUAAGGGUCAUGGGAAACUCAAGCAUUAUCAACUACUUGUCGUUACAUGGAAGAACCAUAUGGACGACUUCAUUUCGCAUACGGGAAACUUGCCGAAAGAACUUAUUCGGGAUGUAGCAGGAAGAGAAAUUUUCAGGGAAGAAUAUGUUACGGUAAACCCAAUCAAUCACGCGCCAGAUUCUGCUGUAAAUGCUGCUUCCAGCCGGCUUGUAGCUAAACACCAGACGGCAUUUCCUACAGAAUUAAUCCGCAAACAGAGGCAUGUUUUGCGGGCCGUACCUCUAACGACAGUUAAGUAUAUAUGGAGAACCAAAAACGGAGAAUUCUUUAUCUACGGUUUCCAAAAGAAGGUUUACUUUGAAGACUAUCCCCAACCUUGUUGCUGCUGCACAUGUUUAUAAUUUUUAUAGAAUAAUCAAAACCAAGUCUUACCCACCUGUAUACUUUCAUUGGAAGAUAAACGUGGGAAAGCUUGCCAAUUCAAUUUGGCAGCAGAAGUUCACAAUUUCAUACUUGCGGCGGUUCUAAUAUAAAAAGUUAGAAUAUUUUUAUAAAACGAAUAACUCAUGAUUACCAGUAUUGGAAUUAAUCAAUCGAAAACACAUUUUGAAGAAUUCGAGCAUAAUAGACUAUCAUGAGCACCACACACUAUUCUGAGUAAAUAUAUGCAACUAUGUCUUAAUGAUUUCUGUGUCUUGAACGACUACAGACGAGGUUUUACGAAUGAAAAUUCAACUCAGAGAUUUAAGUUAUAUUACAGGGUGCAUUAGAAAGCCUUAAUCUAUUAAAUUAUCAUUAGAUUAAAAUUUUGCUGCUGCGUAAUACGUACUUGCAAUGUAUUGCGGAUUCAAAAUUAAGCACCAGCAGGUUGGACGAAGAAUUAUCAACUUAUUUCACACUGAAAGAAAGGCAAAAUCAAUACUUUUGCUUGGUUUUCGUUUAAAAUAUAAUGAAAAAUGAUAUCAAAAAGUAAAGUUACAUAGAAAGGUCUUUAAAUAUGACACCGAAUCUUUUGCUGUCACUGUACGUGGCAAUGUAAUUAAAUGAAUAUUUUUUGGUACUGUACGAAAGUUAUCGGCAAUUGUAAAUAACAAAUCAAUAAAAUAUGCGUGCAUUUGUAAGCAGGA